UCUCUGGCUGGACACUGCUCGGUCCAUUGCCUAGCAGGUGCCCCAUUCCAGUUGUGAACUGAUCAAGUCUUCCAGUGUAACCAGGGUCUGGUUCGCCGUGACGAGCUGAGCUCCACCAUGUCCUCCCAGCAGAGCGCAGCUUCCGCCAAGGGCUUUUCCAAGGGGUGUGCCCAGGGCCCCGCUCCGUGUCCUGCUCCCGCACCCGCAGCCUCAUCCUCCUGCUGCAGCUGCUGCGGUUUGGACGGCGGCUGCUGUGGCUCUGGUGGCUGCUGUGGCUCCAGCGGCUGUGGCUGCUUCCCCAGAAGACGCCGCCGACAGCGUCGGAGUGGGUGCUGCAGCUGCUGCGGAGGUGGCAGUCAGAGCUCCAGCAACGUCCAGAGCCAAGGCUGCUGUGGCGGCUGCUGAGGCCCCCGCCGCCCUGUGAGCUGCUGGAGGCUGCCCGCUGAGCCCUGCUUCCCCACUGGAGUCCCUGCUGCGUGUCACCGUGCUCCUGCAAGGGGCUAGGUUGGAGUGUGCUCCCCUCCACCUCCCCGUAAACCUACCUGCACUGGAUGUUCCAAAACCCACGCUGUUCUCAGCCCCACCAAACUCUGACCCCCGUGUUAUCCUCCCCGGGAACGUGAGCACCAUGGGUGGAAUACUGGACCCUACCGUGGCAGAGGCUUGCACACAGUUGGUGCUUAAUAAAUAUCCAUGUCAUAAUAAAGCUUCUACCUCCCAAGAA